CUGCUGCUGAGGGCUGCGACGGCGUGUCAGGCCAUGGUAGCGGUGGGGACGGAGGCCUCGCACCGCCCCUCGUACGGCACUACCAGCAGCGAACCUAAUAGCAAUGAACCCAAUAGCAAUGAAACUAGCAAAGGGCCUAGCAACAACAGUAACGACACGAAUCCGCACGGCAAGGAGCAGUACGGCAGCGGCCUCCGCCCCUCCGUGAGUGUCUACGUUGCUGAGGAGGGCGCACACAGCACACAACAACACCUCCCCCGCCAGCGCCGGCGGAGCGGAGGCGGCCACAGCGGCAGCAGCAGCAGCGGCGGCACCCGUAGCAGCAGCAGCGACCCCAGCAAGCCCGGAUGGCUUCGUCGCCUGGGCGGCAGAAUGCGACGAUAUAUCUCCCCUUCCUCCUCCCCCUUCGCACCCGCCUCACCUCCCCCGCCUCCUGCCUCCUCCCAGCCACCCCCCACCACCUCCUCCUCCCUCUCCUCCCAUGCCGCCCGCCUAGCCGAGGGCUUCCGUCUGAUUGCCGGCUCGCCCUACCUCCUCUCCGCUAGUGCCUUCCUCACCCUCAACUACGCCACAUCCGCCA